AUGCUUGGCCUAGUCAUAUCGAUUUCCUUUCUGGUGUUUCGAAUAACGGUUUGCCAUGAAUGGGCUUUGCAAUCGUAUCUUUAUCCCAAAUAUUCGUUGAAUUACAUCGAUCAAUCAGAGUUCGACAACACGUUAUUGAAGGACGACCUUGCGCUCAAAGAGGGCUCGAUUGUUACCAUUGGCGAAAAUACGACCUGUUUUGUACCAGAUUUGAAGCAUUGGGAGGUCGCAAAAGAAGCGUUGGAGCUAAAUUCCCAAGCUAAAGACGAAUUUGAGAAAAGUGUGGUAAUCAUAAAUGAAGAAUUAUCAGGGCGGUACUUGGAACGUCGAGUAAGCCUUUUCCUAUACCGCUUCUACCACAAUCAAAAUGUGAGUCAAUCUCUUUCAUCAGAAAUAUCGUAUAUUGCUGGUUUGGCCACAACAGACCCACUUCUUAACGACAGCUUCAAACUAUAUCAAAACACAGCAGGUUACUAUGUUAAACAGAUAUAUGAAGAUGGCGAACUGUGCGCGGGUACAAAUGUGCUCCGCACCAGCGAGGUAAGAUACUUGUGCGAUCCCAAUGUUGGCGAACCGCGGCUGCUUGAAGCCUUUGAAUAUCAAUUGUGUCGAUAUGAAUUGGUCGUAGCGGUACCAGGACUUUGCAAGCUUCCUCUAUUCUUACAUGGUACUGACCGCCAACAGCUGAAAUCCAUUUUGUACUCGGAAGCUGAUCUGGACAAAACGACAGCUCGAAUUGGCCGCUCAUUGUCGAAGACCUUCGAGUCCCACUUCCUGGGCCAUAGUUUCUAUCACUUGAAAGAUCGCACAUCAAUUUCUGCCCCGUAUGAACCCAUUAAAACAUCAUCCAAACUACUUUACACCGGGGAAUUGGUGUUGUCGGAUGAAAAUUCAGAACUACAUCCGACAGAAACCGUUUUCCUAGAGAAAGCGAUCAAGGCAUUCCAAAGUAUUAAUUACAAAGACCUUCUCCAAACGCCAGACGGCUCUCGCUUUACAGCCGGUGAUUACGAGUUGAGGUGGCAAAGCGAGGUUAUCGACAAGAAGGGGCACACGCUAUGUGUACUAGAGGUUGAUGUCGAUGCAGCAUCCAGGGCCAACGUGUCCUUCUACAGGCCAGAUUCUCUCAGUGUUCCAAUCACCGAAAACAUUGUACACUACUCUAAAGUCAUACAUGAAGAUCCCGCGUCUCUCGAAGAUCUUUCUGGUAAAGAGGAAGUCCAGAAACCAGAUAGAGCGAUGUCAUUUGAUUUCAGAGAAAACAGCAAAGCGGGCCAGAAAGUUACUCCGAAAAUGAAGAAACUGGAAAGGAAAGCCAUAGAAGAUCUUGAGAGGGAACUUAAUGUUAUUGGCGACUCGUCAGGUUUAGAGUUUAAGUUCCUGUAUGCAAUCGAACCAGAAGAUGAUAAGCCGAAAAGCAAACAUCCUGUGAAGGUGGGGAAAGAUAACGACAAUCGUAAUGAACCAGAUCAGAAACAGCUUCAGCCUGUGGACCAGGUUCAAGCAGAUCAAAAAGACGACGUCAUUGAGCAUGACGAACUUUAA